AAAGCUUUUCUUUACAGACUAUGGGAAUGUUGCCAAGGUGGAGAGAUGUGACAUGGAUGGAAUGAACAGGACAUGGAUAGUAGAUUCUAACAUUGAGCAGCCAACUGCUCUUGCACUAGACCUCGUCAAUAAAUACGUGUACUGGGUUGACAUAUAUCUGGAUAAUCUGCAAGUUGUUGACUAUCAAGGAAGAAAGAGGCAUACCGUAAUGAGAGGCAGACAAGUUAGGCAUCUCUGCGGGAUAGCUGUAUUUGAAAACUACUUAUAUGCAGUUAAUUCAGAUAACUUCAGCAUUUUACGAAUCAACAGAUACAACAGCUCUGACGUUCAGUCUCUUACUAACCUCGAAAAUGCUAAAGAGAUCCGCGUGUACCAGAAAAGAACUCAAACAGCAGCCAGGAGCCACGCGUGCGAGGCGGACGCGUCCGGGGCGCCGGGCGGCUGCUCGCACCUCUGCCUGCUCGGCAGCAGCUACAAAACCCGCACGUGUCGCUGCAGGACCGGCUUCAUCCUGGGAGGCGACGGCAGGGCCUGCAAAAGACCAAAGAAUGAACUGUUUCUUUUUUAUGGAAAGGGCCGCCCAGGAAUAAUACGGGGAAUGGACCUGAAUACCAGAGUAUCUGAUGAAUACAUGAUCCCUAUAGAAAACUUAGUCAAUCCUCGUGCUCUGGACUUCCAUGCCGAGACGAAUUACAUUUACUUUGCUGAUACGACCAGCUUCCUAAUUGGACGACAAAAAAUUGAUGGCACAGAGCGGGAAACCAUCCUCAAAGAUGACCUCGAUAAUGUGGAAGGCAUAGCAGUGGAUUGGAUUGGAAAUAACCUGUACUGGACAAAUGAUGGCCACAGGAAAACGAUCACUGUCGCCAGGUUGGAAAAGGCCACUCAAAGUCGAAAAACGUUGUUGGAGGGAGACAUGUCCCAUCCAAGAGGAAUUGUUGUUGAUCCUGUCAAUGGCUGGAUGUAUUGGACAGACUGGGAAGAAGAUGAAAUAGAUGACAGCGUGGGAAGAAUUGAGAAGGCAUGGAUGGAUGGCAACAAUCGGCAGAUAUUUGUAACAUCAAAGAUGCUGUGGCCAAAUGGUCUAACUCUGGACUGUAAUGCCAAUGUAUUAUACUGGUGUGAUGCCUAUUAUGAUCACAUUGAAAGGAUUUUUUUGAAUGGAACUGACAGAAAGGUAGUCUACAAUGGAAAAGAUUUGAAUCACCCAUUUGGACUUUCGCAUCAUGGCAACUAUAUUUACUGGACAGAUUAUAUGAAUGGGUCUAUUUUCCAGUUGGAUCUGCUUACAAGGAAUGUGACACUGCUGAGAAGUGAGAGACCACCUUUGUUUGGGCUCCAGAUUUAUGAUCCACGUAAGCAGCAAGGUGAUAAUGCUUGUCGUGUUAAUAAUGGAGGCUGCAGCGCUCUUUGUUUAGCCAUUCCUGGAGGCAGAGUUUGUGCCUGUGCUGAUAAUCAGCUUUUGGAGGAAAACAGCACAACCUGCAUGAUUAAACCUGGGGAAGUGCUACCACAGCUGUGCAAACCUGAGCAGUUUCAGUGUAACAACAAGCGCUGCAUCCAGGAUCGCUGGCGCUGUGAUGGAGAUGACGACUGUCUGGAUGGCAGUGACGAACAUGCAGAUGCUUGCUUCAAUCAUAGUUGUCCUGCUGACCAAUUCAAGUGCCAGAAUAAUCGCUGCAUUCCCAAGAGAUGGCUUUGUGAUGGAGCUAAUGACUGCGGCAAUAAUGAAGAUGAAUCAAAUAAAACCUGUGCAGCAAGAACAUGUCAGGCUGACCAGUUUUCUUGCGGGAAUGGACGCUGUAUUCCAACAUCAUGGCUGUGUGACAGGGAGAAUGACUGUGGUGAUGAAACAGAUGAAAUGACUUCCUGUGAGUUUCCAACCUGUGAGCCAUUAACUCAGUUCAUAUGCAAAAACGGAAGAUGCAUUAGCAGCAAGUGGCUUUGUGAUUCAGAUGAUGACUGUGGCGAUGGGAGUGAUGAAUUAGGCUGCAUUCACUCGUGCUCUGCCAAUCAGUUCAGAUGUCAUAGUGGCAGAUGUAUCCCAGGUCACUGGGCGUGUGACGGUGACAACGACUGUGGAGACUACAGUGACGAAACCAAAACAAACUGCACUGAGGAAGAAACUCUAUCUCCCGGAAGAUGCAAUGGGAAGGAAUUUCAGUGCGGUCCUGAUGGCAGCUGUGUUCCCGAGCUGUGGCGCUGUGAUGGAGAGAAGGACUGUGAAGAUGGUAGCGAUGAAAAAGGCUGUAAUGGAACUAUACGGGUGUGCGAUGAAAAAACAAAGUUCUCCUGCAAGAGUACAG